AUGGGCGCGUCGCUGCGGAGGGAGGCAGAUGCUGCGCCAAGCCGGCGCCGGGAAUUCCCGCGGCGGAUCAAGGGCUGCUUGGGCCUGGACCGCCGGGAUGCGUUGCACCCCCUGGCGGAGCCGCUGGUGGCGCGGAAGAGGGGCAGCGCGGGGCGCCGGGCCUACCGGGCGUUGGUGGCCGAAGCGCAGGCCGGCGCGGUGCCUGGGGCGGUGAUCCGCCAGAUCCAGCUGGACGUGGCCAGGACCUUCCCGGCCAUCCCGGCCAGCUCCGGCGCUUGGGGCUGGCCCAACGAGUGCCCGGACCGCGAGGCCCGGCUUGCGCGGGUGUUGAUGGCCUUUGAGUGCCGCGCGCUGGAUUCAUUGGGGAAGCCAAGGAGCGGCCUGCCAAUGCUCCUGAAGAUCCGCAGGUCCUGGUGCGGCUUCGAGGAGUCGGAGCCCUUGGUGGAGCCCCAAACCCCGGCGCGCCAGGCUCAGUCUCUGGCGCCCAGCUGGACGGUGGACACCUGGCAAGUGGACCCCUCACCGGUCACCGAGCCUGUGCCCACCUAUGUGCAGGGAUGCAGCAUGAUGGCGGCCAUGUGCUUGGGCUUUACGGCGGGUGAGGAGGAGGAAGGGUUUUGGCUCUUCACCUACCUGCUUGAGGACGUGCUGGGGAGCGACUUCUUUUCCCGCAGCCCGGCGCUUUUGGGGUACCACGGGGACCGGGCCGCCUGCGCCCAGCUGGUGGCGACGCAGUGCCCGCGCCUGGCGCAGCGUCUGGGGGAAGCCGGGCUGGCGGAAUGCGUGUCCGCGCUGGCUGCCAGGUGCCUGCUUUCCGGCUUUGUGGGCUUCCUAUCGGGCCCAGUGCUGGUGGCCUUCUGGGAGGAGCUUCUGCAGAUGCCUUGCGCAGACUUCCCCCGGCUGCCUCUGCUGCUGUGGCUGGCGGGCUUGGUGCAGCACGUGGAAAGGGCGCUGCUGCUUGAGGCGGCUCACCUCUCCAGCGAUGAGAUGGUGCCAUGCUUCUUUCGCGUGGUGCAAAGCGCCAGCCGGGACCUGGCGCCCACCUGGCGCCCCGAGAGCCGCUCCGCCCGCGCCGCCUCGAGGGUCUCGGAGCUGCGGCAGGUCUCCCGGGCGGCGGCGGAGAAGUACCGCCGCUCCCAGUCUGCCAUGGCACGCCUGCUUGCGCUGACUCUGCUUCUAGCGGAGGGCCGAAAGUACACCGCGCGCGUGGCAUCUGGAAACCCCGAGGCCGCGCUCGCGCCUGACUGCCCCUCGGGUUGCCAGAACGCCACCAUGCCGCCGUGCCUGGCGGAGACGCUGGUGGCGCCCAUAGAGGCCGCUGGGGCGGAGGGGGUGGACAUCAUCAUCUUCCCGGAGACAUACUUUGGCCCCUCGGCCAACCUGUGGGCCUGCGGUCCUCCAGCGGACUCUGAUUUGCUGCCGCCGGUGGGCAGCCAGCUGUGCAGCCACGACGGGAAAUGGUGGGGGCAGUUGGGCUGCCUGGCGAAGCAACAUCAGGUGAUUGUGGUGGUGGGGAUGUGGGACUGGGGCGAGUGUGUUGUAAGCCCCGAGCCCUUCACCCACCGGGCCUUCCCGUGCAAGGGCAACCUCACUAUUUUCAACAAGGCCCUGGCGGUGGGCGCGGACGGCACGCUCCUGGCAGUGCACCACAAGCACCAUCUAGCCCACGCCCUCAUGGCCAAGGAGCAAACCAGCAUGGAGCGCGGGUCUGUCGUUAUCAACCCCAGCCCUUGGGGAGUUUUCAAUGAUGAUGUGGGGUCAGCAUGGCCCGUUCCAGCCGUCACGAUCUUCACCUCCCACUUCGGAGUGAAGUUUGGCCUUGUGACUUGCCACGAGCUCAACUUUGCCUCGCCGUUCCUCUCCAUUUUGAAGGCGGGCGUGAGGGAUGUGAUCCACAUCGCCCGUUGGGGCAGCUUCGCCGGCAACUUCGCGGCCACGCAGAGCGGUACCGCCAUGGCGCACGGGGUGAACCUCUUAGCUUCCAACGGCCGCUCGGUUUGCGGCGGGCUCGGCUGCGUUGGCUUCGCGCUCCUUCGGUUCUGUUGUAAAUGGGGCUCUCCCGUCCGAUAA